AACUGUGGCGUCUUACCCCUCCCCGACCAGUCCCCUACGGAUAGCGUUGAGAGGCAAAAUAGAGCUUUGGGGCGGCGGCCGAUGCAAAGCGCCUUAACUCAGAGAUGGCGGGGCUCGGGGAGCUACAGAAGCAGGGCUCUCUGGAGGGUCAGCUGCUCUCUGAAAGAGUCCUGAUAACAGGCGUUCAUGCCAACUUUGAACUGCCAGUUUCCACAUUUGAACCAUUUGUGGCUACAUCCUAAAUACUCACAGUAGAAUUGCCCAUGGACCAGUCAGAAGAAACUACAGAUCCAGCAACUAAAGAUGAAACUGCGGUUACUGGGCCUCCGGAUGGGUCAUUUCCUGAUGCUGUAGAAGCACUUGGAAACUUGCUUGUGCAGUCUGGAACUCAAUAUCCAUAUAGUCUUUCUGUAUCACAAACAGCUGCAGUCAUAUCAGCACAAGCUCUUGAGGUGGCUCAGUUAUCAGAAGUGCAAGCCACUUUGGAAGAACCACAUGUUGCUUCAGAACAAGCGUCAGAACCACAAGCUGCUUCAGAACAAGCGUCAGAACCACAAGCUGCUUCAGAACAAACAUCAGAACCACAAGCUGCUUCAGAACAAGCAUCAGAACCACAAGCUGCCUCAGAACCACAAGCUGUUUCAGAUCACGCAUCAGAACCACAGGCUACAACUUCAGCAACCCAGUUCCCAGAGGAUACGGAGCCCAUGCCUGAGGUGUAUAACGACCCCUUUGAGGUCUCACUUAGGUACAUGGAACAGCAUCACAUUCUGCAAAUAUUUCAGGACAUCACAGAAAACUUGGUGUACGAGAAGCCUGAUGACCCUUUACAGUUCAUGCUGAAACAGGUUUCUGGAGAUGGCCAAAGGGGAGACUGGCGUGCGAUGUUUCCAAGGCUUGCUUAUAAUGGGCAAUGUCAUUAUUGGGCUCUGUGGCCUUGCCCUGAUGGCAGAGUGCAUAUUCUUUGUGACAGACCAACAGUCAUUGUAUCCUCUGCUGGAAGCUACUGACAAUGAUGACAUCUAUGGUGCUGCCUGGAUUGGGAUCUUCACUGGCUUUGGUUUCUUCUGUAUGUCUGUCCUUGGUAUUAUUGGAGUCUUGCAGUCAAACAGAACAAUGUUGUUGGUGUAUAUCUGCUUGAUGAUGAUUAUCUUUGCCUUUGAAGUGGCCUCUAGCAUCACAGCAGCUGUGCACAGAGACUUUCUCACUCCCAAUCUAUUCUUGAAACAAAUGCUGGAAAAAUACCAAAAUACAGAGCCAGUCAACAAUGAUGACAGUUGGAAGAGCGCAGGUAUCAUCAGGACAUGGGACCGUCUCAUGUUACAGAAUAAGUGUUGUGGUGUGAAUGGGCCAUCCGACUGGCAGACCUAUACCUCUGUCUUCAGGACUGUGAACAAUGAUGCAGAUUUUCCCUGGCCACGACAGUGCUGUGUCAUGGAUACCCUAGGAAAACCAAUCGACUUGGAUGGCUGCAAACUAGGGGUGUCUGGCUAUUUCCACAAUGUGGGCUGCUAUGAAACCAUUUCUGGCUCAAUGAACAGACACGCCUGGGGUGUUGCCUGGUUUGGCUUUGCUAUUCUUUGCUGGACAACUUGGGUCCUCCUUUGCACCAUGUUCUACUGGAGCAGAAUUGAAUAUUAAAUGAGCCACUGUGUACCAACUUGUCCUCCCUGGAAUCUGCAAAUUAGGUUUUUUUAAAUGCAAUAUGUAGUCUCCCCAUCUAUUUCCUUUCUCAAGAUUCUGAAGAUCCUUCCUUAACUCUUGUAUCUCUGCUCACUGGUAACCUCUUUCCAAUUCUCUUCCCUUUGAAUAUAUCAGACUCAUACCUGCAGCAGUAGGAUCGAGGGAUGGGUGGUAGAAAGGGGUAGCUUCCUUUAUCUCUCAUGCUGUGCUCGGUCUGCUUGCGUUCAACACCAUUUGAUGGGUAUGCUUUGUCCAGAAGUAGCAGUAUGGAGGAAAUGUCUCCAAACCAAUUUGAGGGCUUUUGUCUAGAGCAAACAUGUUGUGUUUUGUAACACUCCAUCAAGAGUAUUACUGAAAUGAUUUCCCUCUGCUUUAUAAACAAAACACAUUUUAGCAUUUCUUUGCAGAGGUAAUAAAACACUUCACGAUGUUUCAUUUUUUUUCAUUGGUUGACGUGAGGGAUGUAAAUUGUACUAGGAAUUGUGACUAAAUUGGGUUUGUUGGUCUUGUUAAGAGCUUUGAUCCAUGAACUAUAUGUGUGACACUGUUACUCAUGGCUACCUCUUUUAAUGGAUCACAGGUAACUUAGCAAUGGUAUGCGCACCAUCCUGUGGAACUGGGCCCAACCCAUGUUCUGUUUAUUCAGUGACUCACUCAGAAGAGACGUUUAAGGUACAGAACAUAGUAGCAGAAGAACUGUAUUGGCAAAACUGUUAACAGAACAGUUAUAUUAAAAAUGUUUUCCUUUACUCUUAUUUACUUAUUUGUUUUUCAUGUUUUAUAUAAGAAAACGCCUGUUUAAACACAGCCCAGUGUGAUAUUUCAUACCACUUAGACCAAACUGUGUGCCUGUUUUGUGAUAUCUUGUUCCUUGUACAUAACUUUUUUUCAAGACAACCUUUUUCCUAAGGGGUGCAACUAGAUAAGGUGCUAGAGAGCCUAUUAAGAUCUCCAGCUGACAUUAUUGUUCUUUAAAAGAAGCUUCAGAGAAUUAAUUUGGAUGCUGCUGGGACAAUGAGAAUUUGGUAAGGUAAUCAUUCUCUCCCCCCUCUCCAUGCUCUUUUUCCAGUGCUCAAAUUGGAAGAGCCCAAUUUCUGUUAAUUUGAUACCUAGUGGGGUUAAUAUAACUCAAAGGGGGAUGCAAGAAAUGGGGGGGGGGGGGGUACUACAUCUUACCUGACACUGUCCUGAUUCAAAUCCAGUUACAGAUCUACUGAGUCUCAUCUGUGUAUCCUGAGCUCCAAAAACACACCACCUGCUCUGUUUAAGAGUUCCUGUGUAUUUGUUGUCCAGCCUUUAACAAUAAAAUGGAACUUUAAAAAAAGUCUAAAUAAA